GGCAGACCCUAAGCUAUGACAUCGGCGCUGGCUGUCCACGUUUCGCCGAACCGUUAGGGAACCCGUGAAUCAACAGGCAACCUUGCAACUACAACCAGCCAAACCUCCAUCUCCCCUUAUGCCCAGGUCCUAGCGCAUCGCCUGCGUAUUGAUGCCGCGCCGACGCCGCCCUCCACGACCCGGCGCACUUGCGGAUCUAUCCCCAACCCGCAUCCUCACGCAGAUUGUACUCCUACAGGCUGCCUACUAUGCAUGCGCCGGCAUCCUCAUCCUCUUCACCGCGCUGGUAGCGGGCAAGGAGAUUAGCAUCGAUCUCCUGUUUAGCUGGCAGAGUUUACGCGGCGAUACGACAAUCGGGUGGACGCUGGGUCUGGUCUGGGUGCUGAAUAGUCUCACUUGUGCCAUCUUCAUACUUCUCCUCAUCGCCCGUUCAAAACUCGUUCUCGACUUCGCCCUGACUGUCCACUUUAUCCACUUGAUCGUCACCUCCCUAUAUACGCACGCGAUACCCACCAACAUGUUCUGGUGGGCCCUCCAGAUAUGUAGCGCGACCAUCAUGACUUCGCUGGGCGUGUGGGCAUGCCAGUGGCGCGAAUUGAGGCCAAUCAAUUUCGGUAGCAAGCCACCUGCGCGAUCACAACCAGCUACGGAAGACGAUGGUGGAGAAUCUAGAGGGCGAGGGAGGGGCAGAGGGAGAGACGAUGCUGGUGAAUACGAGAUGGUGGGGAUGAAUGAGGGGGAUAAUAAUGUCUGAUCAGAGUUUAGACCUGCAUAGUUGGCGUUUGGAUUGGGUUGGGUUGACUUGGAUACAUGCAUGUGAGUUGAAGGAGGCUGUUGAGGGCCAUUACAUUAUACCCUUAGAAAGCAUGGAGCAUACUACAUUAAGAUUCGCCUUCUGCUCUCCCA